UUGUAUGUUUUAGGCUUUGUCGACCCGGGGACUUCAUCAGGAGACUUCUUUGAUGAAAUUCGUAAGCAAUAUGAGCGAAAAUGUAGAGAGCAAACAAGGAGGAAAUUAACUGAAGAAGCAAGUCGACCAUCUACUAGUGCCAGAAUUAAUGCAGAUGAAGCCGCAAGAAAAGCUGAUGAAUUUCGACGAAAACAUGCAGAGGGACUCAGGAGACGUGGGAUUGCAUUUUCACUGCCUAUUAAUCACACAACUUCGCCAUCAUAUGAGCAUUACUCAAAACAGUGGCGCACUUUCCUCCAAAGUGGAGAAAGUGGAGCAAUUCCGUGGCCACCGGUUAAAGUUGGUGACAUGGAUGACUUGGCACGCUUUGUUGGGAAAAAUAUGGUUCAUUUGAGACAGCUGCAAGUAGAUUGGCAUCCGGAUAGAUUUUUCGCUCGUCUUCCACCAAGUAUUCAACGGACAGAUGCAAUGAGAGAGCAAGUGACAGCUCUCUCACAAUUUUUCAAUGCUGCAAUUCUUGAAUUUAGGGAGAAAAGCAGAAAAACCAGAUUAGAAUGA